UGUAUUGUUCAAUAUAGUUUAGAAAUUUAAAUGACUUUAAAUGGAUACCAACGAACUGCUUCAGGUUGAUAAAGAUUUAAUAAGGAAAGAAUGGGGAAAGACUAAAAAUGAUAUAAUAAAAGAUAUUUUAAUUAUAAGAGAAUGGUUAAAAACACAGAAACACCUUCCAGAAAUACCAAGUGAUAAUGCAAUAGAAUUUUUUCUUACAAACUGUAAAUUUAGUAUUGAGAAAACUAAGCAGAACUUGGAUAUGUACUACACCGUACAAAAUUUAAUACCGGAUCUUUAUCAAAAGUGUAAUCCCUGUAGUCCAGAUAUGGAAACUGCAUAUCAACUAACGUUUAUGGAGGAAGAAAAUUUUAGAGUACAAAUGGAGAUUUGACAAACUAGAGACAUUAAAAGUAGACGACUCUAUACGCCCAGAAAAAUUGAAAAAUGACGAACUUCUGGGAUAUUACGGCAAUUUUAAGAAAAUUGAUAGUGAUUGAGAAAAUAAAACUAAGAUAUCCUAACCCAAAAUUUUUGAUUAAAUUUGACAAUUUAUAACAUUUUUUUUGUACUCCGAUUUUCAAGAUUCUUGUAUCAGUUUGUAGGUCCAUGUAUUGAUGUCGAUUGUUAUUAUUCCGGUAACAAAAUUUUUUUGCUUAGGUAAAUUUUAGGUAAGCCAUGACUGAAUUAUCUAAACUGAUAAUUUACCAUUUUUGAUUAUCAAUCUGUAAUCAAAGUUGGCUACAAUUUUUGUUAUUAACAUUUAUUGCUAUCUAUUACUAUAAUGGAUCUACGGAGCUUUACCACACUAAUCAAUCACCCUGUAUCGAUAAAUCGAUUUUUUUUUAAACUAUUUUAAAAAUGUGACUAAUGCAAUGAUAUUUUAAAGUACGUUAACAUAUCGAUAUCUACAAAUUGAUGGUGGGUCAGUGGCAUUAGAAUGCAGAUCGAGAGUUCCCUAGUUCGAACGCGGCUGAUGCGUAUCUUUUUUUAAUUUUUUUAAUAAAUAAUUAAAAGUUCAUAUAAUUAAAAUCCAUAUUUUAUAAGUUAAUUAUUAUAUACAAAUAUUAUAUAUACCAUU